AUGACCAAGAACGCACAGCACAGCACAGCCCGCCAGCCGUCCAUGAUGUCGAAGCGGUCCGUCUUUACGAGCGUCACGCCGCUGCCGGCCUCGGUCGGUCGUGCGGCCGUGCUCGCCUUUCUGCACGACUACGAGGCCAUCAUCGACGUCAACCCGCUGGUGACGGAACGUCACCGCAUUCCGGCCCCGCCCAACGCCGAUCCGGACGAGGCCCUGCGCGUGUGGUACAGCCUGACCGAUGCCAUCGUGAUGCCGUGGUCGUCGGGCAAGGACAAGCGUCGCAGCAGCAGCAGCAGCAACAACAGCAGCAACAGCAACAGCAACAGCAACAGCACCACCACAUCCACCCCUGGCACCACCGUCUCCUACACAUGCGUGUUCCAUCCCCUAUCCGACGGCCUGCAGACGCACUGCCGCGCACCGCUCGGCGUCGACAUCCGCGCGCGCUGGACCGUCGCUGGCACGCUGCCGGACGAACCCCGCCAGCCGGUCGAGCUCGGUCUCGCCCGCCUCGGCGCACCCGCUGUCGGUCUCUACCUGCGCGAAGACGUCGACCUGCACUGCAGCCCGCUGAUGGCUGGCUUCGUCAAGAAGACGCUCCGGCGCUCGCACGCUGCGCUCGUCGCCCGCCUCGCCCGCCGCAUAGCCGCUGCUGCUGAGACCGUCGACAGGCGGCGUGACAGCGGCAUCAUCCAAAACGCCCAUGCCGCUGCGAUACCGCCAACGACCGACUCGGACAGGCCGGAUAGCACCAUACCCUCGUCCCUCCGCUGUCCCCGACUUCUCUCGCCCGCCGCACCGCUGCCGCCGUCGACGGCUUUCCCCCUUCCCAACACCACGACUUCCUAUCCGUCGCCACGCUACGUGCCAACACCACAGAACCCGCAACAACAGCAGCAUCGCCCUCGCUUCCCCACUCGUCAACGUCAGGUCUCGCUGGGAUCUUCACCAUCCUCCACUGCUCCUCUGCCGGGAGUCCUCCACGCAGAGACGCAACCGCGUGGGAUCAUGGCUCCGGCUCUUCGGUCACAGCAGCAGCCGCCAGCAAAGCAAGACAAGGCAGCCCAGCCAGAAUACCUGCUGCAGCCGCAUACAUACGACGCAAGCAACGGCCAAAAGGCCAAGAACACCAAUGCCAUGACCACCACCACCGCCCCUGCCACUAUCGACUCCGUCCGCACAAACCCAGGCCUAUACCCAGAACCACUGAGGGUCCCAAGGCUGCCGAAUCUGCCACAGGCACCAUCGCAGGCGCAGGCCCCAACGCGGACGCAGCCCAUUCCAAAACAUCCCGACUACCCCCCCAUGAACCCGUACGACGAUGGCGACGACUCGCCCGUUUUGGGUCACAUUGUCGAAAUAAAUACCCAACACCCCAUGCCCGUCUUCGUCGAGCUGGCCGCCGAUUCCGAACUGCAGCUUGUUCCUGUCAUGCUGGACACGGGAAGAAACAACAAUCGGAGCCGAAGCUGA